GCGCGCGCGCCGUGCGGUGACAUCGGGACGACGGUGGCCAUCGAUGGUCGCACGGCUCGCGGUCCAUCGAUGGUUGCGCGGCCCGCACAUCGAUAGUGGCGCUUGACGCCGUGGUUGCGGGGUCGAACGCGCUCACGGCGGCAACGCCAGCGCGCGUGACGCCGCCGCAGCCGCGCUAAAAAUAUACAAUCGCGCCUUGGACGAGGCGUUUCGGUACCGCGCGCGCACAUCGAUCAUUUGCCGCCGCCGCGCUACCGUUUUCGCCGUCGACGGCGCGGCCGCCGCUUGCAGUGCGACGACGAGUUGUGUGCAUAAUAAUAAUAAUAAUAAUAAUAAUAUCUAUAGCCGGCGAAAGAGAAUCAGACACGGCUCGAAGAUACGAGCCGAAUUCGAGAAGACCCGCUGCGUCGACUGGUGGACACAUACGCUGACAAACGGAAAUCGGCGCGCCGGACGGGCGAUUGGCGGCGGUGCAACAGGAGACGACGGCGGCGGGAAACGGACAUGUUAUGCGGCCCGGUAGUCGGGUCGGCGGUGCAGCAGGCGAGUGUUCGUCUUCUUCGUCGUUAAUAACGUCAUGUACGCGUCAUCGUCUGCCGACAAGUACGGCACCGGCAGGACCGCGACCGCCAAGACGUACCAUCACCAUCACCUCCAUCACCUGCACCACCACCACGUCGGCACGUCGUCGUCGUCUUCGUCGUCGUAUGCGUUGUCGUCCGAGCUGAGCGCCGACCGGCGGUCCAGGGCAUACAGCAGCGCGCCCAGACAGGUGACGCCGGUCCGGUCAACCGCGGCCGCGUCGUCCCGGUUGACGGACAUCAACGGCAACAUCCGGUCACUGAGCCUGAGCAAGAGCCUGUCGCCGGCUUCGUCGUACUCUGCGGCCAACGGAGGUGGAUCGGCGACACUAGGUUCUGGUCGUGGAGAAUUUGGUGGAAAGACCGCCGGUUCAGCCACACUGCUGCAGCUAGGCAACGACAAUAAACGGUAUGACGCAACGAAAAAACGUUUGGACGCGUUCUACAACAGCAGAUCGCCGUCGUCGUUGCUGAACAAAUCGUACAAUUACAAAGCUGGCAACUUGUCCUACUUUGAAAAGUACAACAAACAGCAGCAGCAAGACUCUCCUCCACCCAGCGAACCAUUACAGCAAUCCAGAUAUGUCAACAUGAACAGAACAAAUUACGGCGCUAUCACGGAUAACGGAGCGCUGCACCCGGAAUCGUCUUCGUCGGCGUACAGGUCGGUGUCCGAUUCGAAAAAGGGGGUGGUCGGCAUCCGGAACAUAGGAAACACGUGCUACAUGAACUCUGUGCUGCAGUGCCUGAGCAACACCAAGAGCCUGACGGACAGCGUACUGGACGACGUGGACGGGGCUGACGGCAAGUUGAUCCGGGUGUAUCGAGAUCUCUUGUCCCGAAUCUGGACCGCCGCCGACAGCCAUCCGGUGGACACCACCGCGUUCAAGUCGGCAUUCCAGCGGCUGUCCCCGCGAUUUGCCGGCUACGAGCAGCAAGAUGCCCAGGAGUUCUUGCGACUGUUGCUCGACCGACUGCAUAUGGACGUUAACAGGGUGAAGGUCAAGCCCCGGGCCAUGCCGGACGUGGACGAAACGCUCAAGGACAACGCGCUGGCUGCUGAGUUCUGGCAGAGGUACCUGGUCACGGACAACAGUACCGUGGUCGACCUAUUCGCCGGACAGCUCAAGUCCACGCUUGAGUGUUCCUCGUGUGGCCACAAGAGUAUCACGUUUGAGGUGUUUUGGGAUGUGUCGCUGCCACUGCCGUCCAGCGGCUCGACUAACAUAGUGUCCAUCAACGACCUGCUGCACAAUUUCACGCAGGAAGAGGUGUUGGACUUCCGCGAGCGGCCCCGAUGCAGCGUUUGCAAGGUGGACAGGAAGAUGUUCAAAUCGUACCGGUUUCAACGAUUGCCCAGGUACCUAGUGCUGCACCUGAAGCGUUUCCAGGGAACGCAGUCAUACAAGAAGAUCACGUCGCUGGUGGCGUUCCCGUCCGUGUCUCUGGACAUGAGCCCAUACGUGUCCGGCACAGCCCGGAGCAUACAGCCGCACGCCUGCAAGUACAACCUGUACGCGGUGUCCAACCACACGGGCACGCCGAUCGCGGGACACUAUACCGCCAUGUGCAAGCACCCAGUCACCGGCGACUGGAACUUCUUCAACGACAGCUCCGUAUCACGGAUCACGUCGUCCGCGAAACUCAUAAGCAACGAGGCGUAUAUACUGUUUUACGAGGCCGCGAAUUAUUAAUUAGCCGAUGAAAUCAGGUUUAUGAAUUGUUAUAUUUUUAUUUAAUUUUUUUUGAUAUCCGUCCAUAGAUCGAGGGUUUACAUGAAACUAUACAUAAUAAUAUAUAUCAUUAUGUAUACCAAUAAGUACCGAAAUCAUAUUAUUAUAACUGCUGUCGCGUACGACGUUUCAACUUUGUACGACACUUUGAAAUACCUCUACUGUCUACACUAUACUCGCAUAUAAUAUAUAUAUAUAUAUAUUAUAUAUACAUGAUAUAGAGUAUAUAAUAAUAUAAAAUUAUUAUUGACCUAUGCGUAAUUGGUGGCAGCAGUACUUAAGUGCACGACUAGUCAAAUACAUAUAUCGGGGAAUGUGGUGGGAGGGGGACACGAGAGGGGAAAGGUUUACCAAGGUUUUAUUAUAAUAGGUAACUAUGUAUUUAUAGAUAUAGCUAAUAACCAUAUAGGUAAAAUAGGUGUACCGUGUACAACACACGUUUUAUUAUCACGUUAGACUAUACAUUAAAACCUAACGUGAUACAUUAUAAUGUAUUAUAUUACAUUAGUACUAUACAUAGUACAUUAUAAUGUAAAUGCAUAAAAAUGCACGAGUACAUACCUACCAUACAUAAGUAAUGUAGGUAUUGUAUAAUCAGGGUACAGCCAAGAUAAAAUAUGUGACGUUUAUGUUUUGCGAACCACCAAUUUCGGUCGAGUAUAGUAUGUUUAUUGUUGCAAUUAUAGGAUUGAAUUUCUGGGGGGAUAAGGGGGGCUAUAGACUAUAGUCCCAAAAAACACUAAUCCAAGCAAUUGAAUAAUAAAAUAUACAUAAACAAUUUCCCAUAAAUUUUUUAAAAGUAUAAUUUUUUUGUUAUGAUGGAAGGGAGGAGGGCAGCUCCAUUAGUUGCGCUAAUAAUAUUGUUACGGUAUUGUAUGGGAAUCGUAAUAAUCCUCGUAUGAUUCAUGAGCUCAGUUAGUUAUGCACCUACUAAUUAAAAUAAAUCAAUAAUCCUAUAUAUUAACAUUGGUAAAACGAUGGUUUAAAAAAUAGUAAUUGUAGAUCAGUGGUUGAUUGAUAGGUUUGAUAGGUACUAUAUGAUAUAAUGUAUCACAUUAUCAAUGAUCAAAAUUGAAUUUCCAAUUGGUAAAUUGUAAUAAAAUAAAAUUGUGAACCUAAAAUGUUUGCAUCUUUACGAAUUGAUCAUUAUACAAUUAUUUAUUUUUUGUCUUAACAUUUAUUUUCUAGGGACAUUUGACUAUAAUAUAGUUAAUAUUCUGCUGAUGUUUUUUUAAUACCUAGCUUAAAAAGUCAUAUAGGCAUGUCUUUUACCUAAAAUUCAUUAUUUAGAAAUCUUUUACUGUACAUUCUACCUAGCCAGUGGCAUGGUGAACUAAAAAUUUUCCAGAGGCAAGUUACAAAUAUCCCAAGUAUUUAUGCAUAAUAAUGUAUUAAUAUAAUAUAACAAAUUAUAUCUCAGAUCGUUAUUGACUACCUAUUGAGAAUAUCAUAUUAAAUUUACUAGGGGACCCACUGGCUACCACCCAUCCCUCUUUAAGAAAAAUUUCAGAGGACGUUCGCUACACUACUGUAUCUAGCCUCUGACAUUUAAUACUAUUUUAUAAUGUUAUUAAAAUGUUAACAAAUAUUAUUUUUUUCUUCUUCACUUAUACCUACAUUUUCAAAAAUACAUUAAGGUACAAUUAAUAAAGCCUAUAAAAUGGUAAAGGCUAAAUUUUAUUUUAUUUUUAUUUUUACCCAUAACUUACAAUUUGUUUAAUUUUUUCCUGUGUACUUAUUUCUAAAUUAACAACAAAUUUAAUUUUGUUCUGCUUGGAUAAAAUGAUUAAUAUUAUUGGCAAUUUAUAAGAUAUAAUAAGAUAUCUGUUAAACUUUACAUAGGGUUACCUUAGUUUAUACGAAUACAAUAUGUAAUAAGUAAAAUGUAUAUAUAUAAUAUUAUAUUGACAGUUUUAUUUAUACAAUUUUAUCAAAAGUUAACUUUGUUUUGCACUAAUUAAAAGUUUUUCCUACAAUUUAUGUAAAAAGUUAUAAUUAUUAAUGGAGACUUACUACUUUUAUCAUAUUAGUGUCUUUAAUUGUGUACAUAUGAUUUAUAAACAUUUGUUAUUUUUCUUGUUCCUUAGUAACUUAUUAAAACAGUUUAUUUAUUGUUGAUUGUUGAUUAUUAUAUUAUUUAUGGAACAAAUAAAUUAUAUUUUUAAUCAAUUGUGGCUGAAAUAUGAAUUAUAUAUGAGUAUAUAAAUUAUUAAGUGUAAAUAAAUUAUAUAAUUAACAAUAAUAAUUAAACAUUAUAGAAGUACAAGUACAAUUUAAUACAAUAACAACAAUAUCA